UUACUUUUCUGGAGCGUUUCUCUUCGGGUCCCACCACGGAAAGGUGCUCUCUGGAUCCAGUCGGACCAAUCCGGUUAACAAAUGUAGAAAUACAAUAAAUAAAAGGUUGAAAGAUAUACUACUGGCAAUUCCCUCAACAUCUUCGACCGGCACUUUGCUACCGUUAAAACAGAAGCGAGCACACGCGUGAGCUGAUGAUGUCAGAACGCUAAUGUCACCUGACGCAAGGAUGGCGUUGGGUCCUUUUCCCUCAUAGGAGUUAGCCACUACUGGUUUACAGUUGUUUUCUGGCGACCUGAUUUUUUUUUCUGUCAAAGGACAGCGCAGACCCUUUGAAAGGCGAGGACAGUACAGGUCAGAUACCCAGUACGAAGAUCCCCUCCUCCCUAAUGCGUUCUGUGGAGCUGCAGCGACAGCUGCUGCACGUAAAGGACGCGGAUGCCCGCGUCACCGAAAGGCUGGAGGAUCCGAAUUGUUCUCAGAAUGCACUGGGUGGACAUUUAUAAAUACUGACCCUCGACUGUUGCUGGGUCUGUCUUAAUAACAACAAAGAUACAGUUAGACUGCAGGUUGCAGUCUGUUGCAUCUGCGAUUUUGUAGGUAGCAGUCAGGUAUGUUUGCAGCUGUGGAACAUGGACCUGUCCUUUGCAGUGACUCAAAUAUUCUGUGUCUCUCCUGGAAAGGGAGAGUACCCAAAAGUGAAAAAGAAAAGCCUGUAUGCAGAAGACGGUAUUAUGAAGAAGGAUGGCUGGCUACUGGGAAUGGCAGAGGAGUUGUAGGGGUGACUUUUACAUCCAGUCACUGUAGAAGAGAUAGGAACACUCCUCAGCGAAUCAACUUCAAUCUGAGGGGACACAACAGUGAGGUGGUAUUAGUACGGUGGAAUGAGCCAUUUCAGAAACUGGCAACAUGCGAUGCAGAUGGAGGUAUCUUUGUCUGGAUCCAGUAUGAAGGUAGAUGGUCGGUAGAACUGGUGAAUGACAGAGGGGCACAGGUGAGUGAUUUUACCUGGAGCCAUGACGGAACCCAAGCACUUAUAUCAUACCGAGAUGGCUUUGUUUUGGUUGGUUCGGUAAGUGGGCAACGACACUGGUCCUCUGAAAUCAAUCUCGAAAGUCAGAUCACAUGUGGAAUAUGGACGCCUGAUGACCAGCAGGUGCUCUUUGGGACAGCUGAUGGGCAGGUGAUAGUAAUGGAUUGCCAUGGCCGAAUGCUGGCACAUGUGCUCUUACACGAACUGGAUGGCAUUUUGAGCAUGUCCUGGAAUUACCCCAGCUUCCUUGUGGAGGACAGCAGUGAAAGUGACACUGACUCUGAUGAUUAUUCCCCACCACAAGAUGGUCCCUCUGUGUAUCCUGUUCCUGUGCAGACAACCAGGCCAUUGCUUACUGUCAGCUUCACAUCAGGGGACAUCAGCUUAAUGAACAACUAUGAUGACUUAACCCCUUCUAUCAUUCGUUCUGGUUUGAAAGACGUUGUAGCCCAGUGGUGCACCCAAGGAGAUCUUCUGGCAGUUGCAGGAAUGGAAAGGCAGAUUCAUUUACUUGAGCCAGGAUAUGAUGCAAUGGUUAGGAAUGCUCUUAUCAAGUUCUACAAUGCCCAUGGAGAGCACGUGUUUACAUUAGAAACAUCUGUGCAGCGUCCAAUUACUGCAAUAUGCUGGGGUCACAGGGACUCCAGGCUUUUUUUAGCCUCGGGCCCUGCACUGUAUGUUGUUCGUGUUGAGCACAAAGUCUCUUGUUUACAAUUGUUAUGCCAGGAGGCUAUAGCAAGCUGCUUGCGAGAAGAGAAGGACAUCAACAAACUGACUAUACCUCCUCGUCUCUGCUCUUACCUCACCACUGCCUUCAUAGCCACUAUUAAGCCUCCUAUCCCUGAUCCCAACAACAUGCGAGAUUUUGUAAGCUAUCCAACAUCAGGGAAUGAAAGAUUGCACUGUACUAUGAAACGGACUGAAGAUGACCCGGAAGUUGGGGGUCCUUGCUAUACCCUCUACUUGGAAUAUUUGGGAGGACUGGUUCCAAUACUGAAAGGGCGCAGAAUAAGUAAAUUACGUCCAGAAUUCGUUAUAAUGGAUCCCAGAACAGAUGGAAAGUCAGAUGAAGUCUAUGGAAACAGUUUGAUGUCCACAAUGAUUGACAGCUGCAACUGCUCAGACUCCAGCGAUAUUGAGUUGAGUGAUGACUGGGGUGGAAAGAAGUCUCCAAAGAUUACAAGGGCUAGCAAAUCACCCAAACUUCCCAGAAUUAAUAUUGAAGCUAGAAAGUCCCCUAAGCUGUCUCGAGCUGCUCAAGAGAUUUCAAGAUCUCCAAGGUUACCAAUUAGAAAACCUUCCAUUGGAUCACCUAGCCUAAUUCGUAGAGAAUUUCCCUUGGAAGACAUAACUUAACUGGGGCAUCUGGAGUUCCUGAGAAUAAUCCACCCUGCACUGUGAAUAUUCCAAUUGCUCCAAUACAUAGCUCAGCUCAGGCUAUGUCUCCCACACAGAGUAUAGGGCUAGUUCAGUCUUUGCUAGCCAAUCAGAAUGUACAGCUGGAUGUACUAACCAAUCAGACAGCAGUAGGGGGAACAGCAGAUCACAGCACAGAUGGUACAAGUCAGUUUCCUGUCCCUAACAGGUAUUCUAGUCCAGGUCAAAUAAUUUUUGGAGGAGUGGAAAUGGGACGCAUUGUGACUGCACCAUCUCAAGUAUCCCAUUCAUCCCAAGGGCCAGUUCAAAUGCCUGCAGUGGAACAUGUUGAAAGGGACCAUGACCAUAUACCAAAACCUAAAACAUUGCGUGCUGUUCCUCAGUUAGCAGAAGGAGAUGCCCUUGUCUUCAGUGCUGGUCCAGAAAUCCAAAUUAAAAUGAACCCUCCACCUCCUUACCCUGGUACUAUCCCAGUAGCUGCUGUAGCAACAUCUCCUCCUCCUCCACCUCCGCCUCCACCCCCGCCUCCUCCACCUGUGGACCUCUGUUUGAAAAAGGCUGAUUUUCCUCUUUAUCCUGCAGGGCAGUUUCAGACUCCACUUGGCUAUGAAAGGAUAACAACUUUUGAUAGUAUUGGGAAUGUAGAGGAGGUGUGUCGACCUCGAACAAGGGCAAUGUGUAACCAGAACAUGUUCACCUUACCAGGGCCUGGAACUUCCUCACUGCGGCUGUCUAAUUUAGAAAACAAAAAGGGACACAAGCCAUAUGCUACUGCAACCCUCAACAGAUUAACAGUUCCUCGAUAUUCUGUACCAAAUGGAGAUCCACCACCAUAUCCCGAUGUUGCUAACCAAAGCAGACAUCAGAGGAUAGACAGCAGCCUUAUUCAUGCAACUUUGAGAAGAAACAGCAGAGAAGCAACUCUUAAAAUGUCACAGAUGGUAGACAGUCAGAGAGGUACACUUCCACGAGUCCCCAAACCGAAGAGUAGCAUUGUGGCGGCACAGUACCCUCUGCGGACACCAGCAGCAUUAUACACUUGUAGCCAGUGCAGCAGUAGUAACAAUAGUAGCAAUGGUAGCAGCAAUGCCGCAUGUGGCAGUAACACUGGUGGAAGUAGUAGUAGUGGCACUUCUGCAGUUGCAGGUGUUCGGCCUGAUGUGGCUGCUGGUGGAAGUUCUCAGCACAGCACUGUUAUUGUUCAUUCUGCAAGUACCUCUCCCUUGACAUCCCAAUCAUCCUACAAUUUACUGAGUCCUCCUGAUAGGUGUCGUGACCGGACUGAGUACAUUAAUUCUGCAUUUACUGAAGAUGAAGCACUUUCGCAACACUGUCAGGUAGAGAAGUCCAUGAGACAUAUGACUGUAAGUGAAGCAGGAGUAAACGUGAAGCGGCCACCUCCAUAUCAUUGGGAUCCAGUGUCAAGUGAGGAGAUAUGGGUCCCUCAAGAAAGGACUAUUCAGAGUUCUGUACCCAGCUUUCAUAAACCUCCUCCUCUAAUACUUAAUCAGGCACAGCACUUAGAUAUGUCUCGAGUGCCAUUCCAUUCACCAAAAUCCCCAACAAGUCCUAGUGCUUCUUUUCAGACAAACUUUGGGAUAGGAGUUUCCUAUCCAGGCAAUUACAAUGGACCUCCUCUUCAAGGACUACAACCACCAUGCUCCCCCAAAGAAGCAGUGGCCCCAUUGCAAUUUGCUCAACCAGAGGCAGCUGUUGUUUUGCAACCUGGAUACCCACCUAAUCUUGCAUGUUGUCCUUUACCAUCAAUGUACCCAGGUAGUAGUACUUGUUCUAGCUUGCAGUUGCCACCAGUUGCUUUGCACCCGUGGAAUUCCUAUAAUGCUUGUCCUCCUAUGCAGAAUUCACAAGGAACUUUACCCUCCAAGUCACAUAUGCUUGUGGAAAAGUCAGUUAUGUCCCCACCCUCCACAGAAGUUCAGGGGCAUGCUGGCACAGAAGCCUCUGCAGAAACCUCAGACAACUACCAGGAGGUACUUUCACUAACAGAAAGUCCAAUUCCACAUCGGUCAGAUAAGUUUGUCAAAAAAAACAGGAAGCGUUUGGACAGUAGAGCAGAGGAAGGCAAUGUGCAAGCUAUUACUGAAGGAAAAGUCAAAAAAGAAGCAAGAACUCUAACAGACUUCAACUCUCUCAUCUCCAGUCCUAGACUAGGGAGAGAAAAGAAAAAAAUCAAAAGCCAAAAAGACCAGCUGAAGUCAAAAAAACUGAACAAAACAAACGAGUUUCAGGACAGCUCAGAAAGUGAACCAGAACUUUUUAUUAGUGGAGAUGAACUUAUGAACCAGAGUCAGAGUAGUAAGAAAGGUUGGAAAACCAAAAGGAAUAUGAGGACAGCAAAUGACCUGGAUGAGUUCAGAUGUCGGAAAAACAAUGAGAAGGAGGAUGGUAGGCUGGGUAGUCAAGGAUUUGUGUAUGUGAUGGCUAACAAACAGCCGCUGUGGAAUGAAGCUACACAAGUGUAUCAGCUAGACUUUGGAGGGCGAGUAACACAAGAAUCUGCAAAAAACUUUCAGAUUGAACUAGAAGGCAGACAGGUGAUGCAGUUCGGAAGGAUUGAUGGCAAUGCUUACAUUCUGGAUUUUCAGUAUCCCUUUUCUGCUGUGCAGGCAUUUGCUGUUGCUCUGGCAAAUGUUACCCAGCGCCUCAAGUGAAAAAAGAAAAGAUAAGGAAGAUUUGUUUUGGUGUCACAAGCAUUCAGAGUAGUUUGAAGUUGUCAGUAGGUUCUCCAGUGACUGAAGGAAGCAAGAAAAAAGUAUAUAUGGAGAGGCAGCCAGUUUGUGAUGUUAUUUGUGCUGCCCGGAGCAGGUCGGUUAUUUUUAGCAAAGCUGCUAGCCACUGGAAGAAUAAAGUGUGAGCUUUCCAGAAUUAAUAUUGUGGUAGUUUGGGUUUCUCGUUGUCCUUGAUGGUUCUUCAGUCUGCUGUCUUAGCUUUGGUAAGCUAAAGAAGAAGAAAGAAAAACUGUCCUUUCAGCAAGACUGCCUUAUUAGUCAUUCCUUCUUGUUACUACAACUGACAGAGAGGUAUUACUCCUAAUAUGUACAAAGAAAAAAAAAAAGCUGAAAUACUUGAAGACAUUAUGGAGAUCUAUCAUUGACGAGCAGCUGGGCACUGCACGUACUACUGAGUAUUUAAUGUACUGUACAUUCACAGUAUGAAUAGUGCCAUCUGGAAAACAAAAUCCUUUUUUCAUGUGCUGGUUAGGUAUCUUGUUAAUUGAACAAGUUAGUGCCUAUUUAUUUGUACUAUUCUCUGAAAGAAAAAGAGAGUCUGUUUAACGGAUAAAAAUAUGUUCCUUUUUUUUUUUUAAUUGUGUGUUGAAUCUACAGUGUUGAAUUUUUAACCGUUUAUAGUUCCCCCAAAACAGCCUAGAAUUUAUAUACAAAUUCAAGGCAGGUGAAAGUAUGACAUAAUAACCAAGCUAUAAAAAAAAACUCUCUUGGCUGUUCAGUGUUAAAAAAAAUAUCUUGGCCAAUUCAGCUAUACAGGUAAACAGUGAAUGAAAUGUCAUGCACUUCAGAAUGUUAAUAUUUAAGUUUACAAAAAAACAAGUCUAGGGAUAUGUAAUGGUCAGAACCUUAUAUUCAUACACUCACCAGGAUUUGCGGUUCUAAUAAUUACAUUAACCUUGACAGAUGUGGAAAGGUGUUUUCAUGUUGUGAUGUGUGGCUUUUACAGUCUGUAUUUAUUUAUUUUAUUUUAUGUUGUAAUAAUUGAAGGGCAGUGCUAAAAGCAAAAUACCUGUGCACAUUCAUAACAGACAUUUAACAGAUGCUGUGUUCUCUUAUAUGUAGGAUUAUAGCUGUUAGGACAAGAAGGUACCCCCUUUCCUCUGCACGUGAGAAGCCUUUAUUGUAUGAACAGUGUCACGCAUGCAUUUUUCCUGGAAAUGGGCAUGCUUGGUGAAAUUUCUAAAAAGAAAAAAUAUAUUUUUUUAAUCAGUUUUUAUUAAAAUAUUUGCUCUUAUUGCAAAGGAUAACAAUGACACCAGAUUGCUGUUUCACUUUACACUGUUCUGUAGAUUACCAGUAUGUUUUCCAUGUGGAGAGGACCGAAGAGGUACAGGUAGGCUAACUACAUUGCCUUACUGCAGCAUACACAUCUGCAGUAUAAACUGAGAGAGGUUAAGGAACAAGAUGAAAACUGUGUCAUUGAAUGAAAAACAGUCUUUGCCUGAAAUUUUCCUUUCUCUUGCACUGUUAUGCAUACAUAAAAUAUUGUAUGUAAGAAUUUAAGACUUUUUUAACCAAAUCUUCUCUUAACAGUUUAGGGUUUCAGUCUUGAUCCCUUUAUUCUGCAGUAGCAGCAGAGCUAAAUCUACUUAUGUUAUGUUGUGAUGAGCAAAAACAUGGUGUAAAUCAUGAGUGAUUGUGUUCAGCAAAUUUGUCUUAGAUGCAAGGCUAAAAAGAUGUGUUGUACCUUCUCUGUUUUCAGUAACUAUUCUGUCAGACUUCUGGCUCUGAUCUAAUAUAAGGAUCUUUUUAAUAAAGCAGGUCUGGAAUUCAUGAAGAAUAAAACUCUGUGAACCUGAGUAUGAUUAAAAAGCCUUGAUAACCCAGAGAGAAGGCCUUCAAAAUGGGUCAUUGUUGCUCACAACUGCCAUUAUUUAAAUAAAGCCAGUUAAAUGUGAAA